AUGUAUGGACUCACAACUCCUGCGAACUUCUCCCAACCUUGCUCGUUGCCACCACCCUCACCAUCUGGGUCCCACCUCCUGCCACCUAGCGCACACCGCGAGCCUGCUCUUAUCCCGCUCCCUGACUCACUGGAUAUGGAGCUUCGUGACCCCUUGGUCAUCGCUGGGUCUCGUGGAUAUGCACCUGCCAUCAAAAUUGGCGGGGCACGUCGCAAGACUAGAACUAAUAAAAGCAGGGGAAAGGAUAAGGAGAACACUAACCUGGACAUUGCUGACUGCCCUCAAAAGCAUGCACGUGCUAUUGAGGAUGAUGAAGAUGAUUCAAGGGCGAAACGUGGUCGGCCCAACGGCUCUAACAAUUACAGCACGGCUGAUGUCAAAGUCCUUCUUGACCUUGUCAAAGACAAACUUCCUCUGGGCCAGAAAGGGUGGCAACUGAUACACUCGAAGUUCACGCAGCGGGCAGGCCGUAAUGGCCGCCCUCACCGUAAAGCCACAUUGCUCGAAACUAAAUUCAAGCAGUUUGUGAAGACCACGAAGCCCACCGGUGAUGGAGUUUGUCCCCCCGACGUCACUCGUGCCCAUGAGCUCGAUGCGCGCAUCAAUGAGCGUGCUGGUACCCGUGACCUAAACAACUCGGACUACGAUGCCCACGACGACGAGUUGAAUUGUAAUGAACAAAACGUCAAGGUGCGAAGUAUGUCACCUCUUGAACACACUGCAGUCACUUGCGCCACUCAGACAGAUACACCUAUGCCACGUCGCCGAGGUGCAGCAGCUUCCGAGUUGCUUUCUCGCAUCAGUGGGGCCUUUGACCCUGCUGUUCAGCAAGCUUGGGAUGAGGAUCGCGCCACUAGGUCUCUUGCAAACACACAGUUGCUUUCCCAGGGGCAGCAGCUGCGUGAUGCAAAUGCAGUCACGGAGAAAUUGUGGACCCAACUGUUUGACUUGCAAUCAAGACUAUUUGAUGCUGAACGCGAGCGUGACCUUACCCAGCUUCAUCUGGAGAUGAUACAGAUGCACCAGCCUCCUCCCAAAAAAGCCGCUCACAAGACUCAUCACCAGUGCAGACCCGAACCCAAACAGGCGGAUUACACAUAUUACCCUGAUGGUGGCCAAAGCGUCAUCUGGCACAGUGAUCCAGACACCCCGGCAUCUGACGCUUCGGACCACCCUCCAUCUUCUCCUCAAUACACCCAUCCUACUCCCCCUCCUUUCAAUUCCACUCCUUCUCCUCGCCUUGCCUUCCGUCACUGGGCAUCCAGACCCCGUUCACGUUGUCCUGCAUGA